AAUUUAAAUGAACUAUGGCUAAAACAUCGAGCAAUUAUUUAUUCAAAGCACAAUUGACUUUUAUUGUGAUGGCUCACGGAAGGACACCGUCCUUGUGUUUGUAGACGUAGUCUGGUCAGGUGAGGACCGAGGACAGAAGUCCAGGUGUCUGGGAGGAUGACUUUAGUUGAUGGUGCGACUAAUGUUAGUUACGGUGCCACAAGCACUAACACCACAGUCAGCAGUCUGUCUCCAGGCUGUAGGUUGUACGCUUAAUAAAAUGGCUACCGACUCCAGUGACGUCAUUUCCGCCUUUACCCUGCGUGUGCUGGAGAUGGUCAUCUACUGCGGAGUCAUGCCCGUCCUGAUGUUGGUGGGCAUUGUCACCAACAGUCUCAGCUGCAUCGUCUUUUACAGACUCGGCUUGCGAGGGAGAAUCAACCUGUGCCUGCUGCUUCUCUCCCUUUCCGACCUGAUCUUCCUCAUCCUGCAGACGUCCAUCCGUCUGACCCUCGUGACUCUGACGUCACUGCACGGCCGGCUGGGGACUUCUGUCUGGCAGCACACGGUCACCAAAUAUCACAUUGUUAGGAAGGCAACCCUUUUUCUCUUCAUGUCCAACUUUCUGACCACGGUGGCCGCCGUGGAGCGACUGGUGAGCAUCUUAUCUCCGCUCAAGGCCCGCAACUCGUGCAGCCUGAAGGUAGUCGUCGUCGGCAUCGCCAGCGUCUUUAUCUUACUUGUCGGCUACUUCAUCAUGAAUGGGUUUGAAUUCGAGGUCAGCUGCUUUUACGACAUGGAGCUGAGUACAGUAUUGUAUGAGAUCGGGUCAUCCAGCUUCUACCUGGCCCACGCUGUAUUUUUCGACACUUUGGACAACAUCGUCGUCGUCUUUGGAUUCCCAGUGCUGUCGCUGCUGUUGGUGACGGUGUGUACGGUCGUCAUUAAGCAUCGCCUGAGGUCAGCCAAUAGCUGGCGACAGGAAGUGACCGGCAGCCAAUCGCAAGGCGGGAUGACGAUGAGCAAGGCGGAGGCAAAGCUGCACCGGAUGUUGGUGGCGGUCUGCUGUCUGCACAUCGUCUGCGUCCUGCCAGCCAUCCUGAAGGACACCCUGAAGUUCUGGCCGGAGUUCAGUCUGACCUCGAGAUUUGGAAAUUUGUUCAACACGAUUGUGGCUGUGAAGGAUGUCGCUGCCAGUGUCAACUGCGCCUUCAGGUUCGUCUUCUACGUCACACAAGGAUCGCAGUUCCGCGGAGCUCUCCUGUCUCUCCUGGGUCGCCGGAAGUCGACAAGUUCUCAAGUAGCUGGGUGAACCCGCUGUUCUCACAAACCGUGACUUAGUGAUGGGAAGUUGUGGUUGUUUGUCAAUUGACCAUUCAACUAUUUCAAGGAAAUAAAGAAAAAAG